GAUGUCCUUUUUGUUUCAUAGGAAAUUUACAGUUGGUCGUCACAGUUACGUUGCACUUUUACGGAAGCAUAUAAAGGGCUUCAAUGAACCAAUAAAUUACAAGUCAAUGGGAGGCAACAGCGCGAACAUGAUACGAAAAACUUCGCAGUAUUUAUUGCGAUUAGUAGAAUUUAAAAUUCAAUCAAACUAUUUUUGGCUGGUUGAUAGGCUUCACGUGCUUUUUGAUCUCUCCAUUCCCCCCUCGACCAGGCCGUUGGUUCGAAAUGUUUGGCUAACAAUCAAAAUUCUCACUUUUCUUCAGUACACCCUUCACAUGGUUCAGCUUUUCUGGACCGCGUUCGACUCAACGGCUACCGCAGAAGAGUUCAUAACGAUCUUCAACAUGUGCAUUGUGCUAACUACAGCCCUCGGCCGGGCCGCCUGUCUAGCUUACCAUCGGAGUACCAUUUUAUCACUGAAGGGUUACAUCAACUCGAAGAACUGUCUCCGGGACGAAUCUUUGUCUUUUGAGCUUCGAAAGGCGACUUUCGUAAGAAAUAUCAAGUUGACCGCAAUGUUCACAAGCUACACCACGCUCAACGCUACGUACUAUUACUUCACGGAGUUUCGCACGGCGUCCGUUUUUCGGAUGCCCCUUCCUCCUGAGGUGUUCCCAGCUCGUCUGAGCUAUUGUAUCGAAACGCUAAGCUCGGUAGUUGGGAUCAGCUGGAGUGUUGUUCUGUUUAUAAGCCUGACUCAGUUUGGAACCUUGCUAAACAGCCUGUGCACGGAGUUGACUGUAAUUGUGCAGCAGUUUGAUGGAAUGUUUGAACAAGUUGUUGCGAACUUCGCUCUGAAUACCUUAGAACUGGCGGAAUCUAAUGAAAAUGAACGAACCAAGUUUUGGAGCAGGUUGGAUUCAACCUUUACGAACGCAAUUUCGCACCAUUCUUCGUUUGUUAGCCACCACCAACGACUCAAACCCGUAUCAAGUGCCAACUUUUUCAUACUGUUGACCUCGGCCGCGCUGAUGAUCACGGUGAAUACUUUUAUGUUUAUCAUAGAACCAUCACUUGGCCGGCUGCCACUGCAGGUGGUUGCGAUUCAGUUUAUUUUGGAAGUUUACGUGUGCUGCAACCUGUUUGAUAAGUUGGAGAAAAUGAACAACAAAAUUGCCCGCUACGUAUACGUCAUCGAUUGGUUCAACGUUCUACCAAGGGAUGAAGCCAACAUGAUACAGGGCAAAUAUCGGAAGUCAAUAUUCCAAAAUGCUCUGCUGCUACAACGCCAGGUUCAUGGAGGAUUCAAGGUUCGGGCUGGAGGAAUGUUUGAUCUUAAUUUGGACACAUUUGCCAAUUUAAUUAAUUUGGUUUACUCAAUGCUAACGUUUUUGCUGAAAAUGUACUAAAUAUGAUGCUGUGUCAAACUUUGUAACUAAAAUUAGAAGGAAAAAUUACAUUCACAAUUAAUUGAAUAAAAUGAAAACAAGCUUUACCAAGCUAACC